CCCAGCUUCGCUUAUAAAAUAUUUAAAGGGUUCAAAAAGGAUCCGCGGGAGCGCAGACGGAGAUGAGUUUAGAAUCCUUGUUCCAGCACAUCAUCUUCUCGGAGCAUCAGGCGGAGGAGAGUCGCCGUGCCAUGCGAGAAGUACGGUCGGAAAUAAACAGAUACCGUGAGCAAAUAAAGAAAGCAUUGGAGAAGUUGAAUGAAGAGAAGAGCAGGUUGGAAUCUAAGGUUUAUCAGUUUUCUGAAAAAUCUUUCCUCUUAGAGCUUCUGAAGACUCAUGAAAAUGCCUUAGAAAGGCAGUGCAGUGAGAUUGCAAACCAAAGAAAUUUGCUUCUCCGAACCUUUGAGACUACAAAGAAAAAAAUAGUAGAAGAGGAGGAACGUUUUAUGAAGGAAGUAACAGACUUCACUACUGAAUAUGAUCUAACAAAGAAACGAGAGAUACUGAUGAAAGAGAACAUUAAGAUGGAAAUAUCUGACUUAGAAAAAAAGGCAAACAUCUUGAAAAUGGAAAUGAAGUCAAUGGAAAGUAGUUGUAGCCAGCUAAAUGAAUUUCAAAAACAAAAGAAUGCAUUACUACAAGAAUUAUUUGCUCUCCAGAAAAAACUUAAAGUGUUUGAAGAUAAAAAGAAUGAAGCUAUUUGUACUACCAAAUACCUAGAGGAAGAAAAAAUAAAAAUCAAUGAAAAGCCACAAAAUGAUGCUGAAUGCUUAAGGCUGAAAAAAGAAUUAGACCUUUAUAAAGAAGAUGACAUGCAAAGUGUUUAUGAAGCACUCCAAAGUGAAAUAGAAUUUUUGGAGUUGACAUUAGCACAGAAAGUUCUUCAGGAAAACAAAUAACUUAAGAAGAAUAGAUGGACUAUUUGAGACCUCAUCAGAGUAUCUUACACUCAAAUUUUCCUGAUGAAGGAAUGAAUGUAACCUGCAUAACAAAUUCUUAUGGAAAGUGUGAAGUCCAGAAUUUUCAAAGUUGUUGCUAUCUUAAGUUGUUUUAGUGGCACAUAAAAAAUUUUUGCCCCCUCUUACAACUUGCUGAAACUUGGAGGGGUUUUGUAUAGUGCGGUUUUGUUUCUAAAGCAAAAGAAAAGAGAUGGAGAUAAUGUGUUCCUAGGUGUUUGAUAUUCCUCUGAGACAUAAGCUGAUCUAUACUUUCUGAUGUCUGCAUGUUCUGUUGAAAUUUACCUUGGAAAAAAUGGUCAGAUCAUUGACCCAAUAUUGUCAGUGUCAUUCCCACCAACAUUCUUAAUUUCAUUUUAAUCACUCUAAAUCAUAAGCUACCUGUUGAUGGAAGUCUUUGGUGGGACAGGGGCAGGGGGUAUCUUUUCUCUGCAAAAUCCAGUUUCCUUUAUGUUUCUCUAGAUGUAUCUGUAGCUUUAAGUCUGGGACACCCCUAGCCAGUCUCCAGCAGUUGCUGCCCGUUUGUUUUCUUCCUAAUGCUGGGUUGGUUAGAAAGAAACAAGUCAUCCAUAUGGGAAAGUACUUAAUCUUUUUACAGCUGUCAGGAUUCAUUUUACACUGGUGUCUUGAAACUUUGCAACUAAGAACAAGAGUACUGUGUU